AUGGCAGACAAGAUCCGGAAUUUCUACCAAUCGAGUCCGAACUCGGGGAUGCACUACUAUCUCCACCAUACCGCUGGAUCACUGGCCAUAGAUCGUAGAGACAAGGUGUUUGCUAUCUUAGGCCUUGCUACGUUGGGCCAAUCGUCAUUUAUUCCGGACUACACGAAGGCUUUGAGCAGCUACCUCGCCACUCUUUACAACGCCGAAGAGAUGAGGACGUGGGAAGAGGGCUUAGAUGAAAUUGAGAGCUUCAACUGGAGCACAGAGAUCGACAAUAUCCAGUGGGAGCAAGACAAUGGAUCUGAAGGCCUUCGCAAGAAGAACACAGCAACGUUACAGUCUACCGUCCCUCCAGAGGUCGAAUAG